CGAAUGCAAAGCGUAGAAAAGGCAUGUAGAAAAGAGAAGCCAAAAGGACAGAGGCGUGAAAGCGGAGAUUAGUCAAAUUCUAAACUAAAAUCUCCAAAACUUCAAAAUUGUGCAUUUUGUUUGUUGAAUUAACAGGUAUCAAAUUGAUUAAGCCAAAAAUACAGAAGAUUGUUUGUUGAAUUUUCAGGCCCGGGGGAUGGAAGCAUUGCAGAUAUCUCCUACCGAGCCGCGGGGGAGUCCGGGGAAGGAACAGCAGGCUGCAGGAGUUGGUAUUCUUCUCCAGAUCAUGAUGCUUGUUCUCUCCUUUGUCCUCGGCCACGUCCUUCGCCGUCACCGGUUCUAUUACCUCCCCGAAGCAAGUGCUUCUCUUUUGAUCGGUUUGAUUGUUGGCGGGCUGGCUAAUAUCUCCAAUACAGAAACUAAUAUUAGGGCAUGGUUUAACUUCCACGAGGAAUUUUUCUUGUUGUUUUUGUUGCCACCGAUCAUAUUUCAGUCAGGAUUCAGUCUACAACCUAAACCAUUCUUUUCAAACUUUGGCGCCAUUAUCACUUUUGCAAUUCUGGGAACUUUUAUUGCUUCUGUUGUCACUGGCAUAUUGGUUUACCUUGGUGGCGUGAUGUUUCUCAUGUACAAACUUCCAUUUGUCGAAUGUCUGAUGUUCGGUGCUCUCAUAUCAGCUACUGAUCCUGUCACUGUUUUGUCUAUAUUUCAGGAGCUUGGUACAGACGUGAAUCUUUAUGCUUUGGUAUUCGGGGAAUCUGUUUUAAAUGAUGCAAUGGCAAUUUCCUUGUAUAGGACAAUGUCAUUGGUGAGGAGCAAUAUGUCCUCUGGACAAAAUUUUCUCAUGAUCAUUGUCAGAUUUCUUGAGACCUUUGUUGGCUCAAUGUCAGCAGGGGUUGGAGUUGGAUUUACAUCUGCUUUGCUUUUCAAGUAUGCUGGCUUGGACAUUGACAAUCUUCAGAACUUGGAAUGCUGUUUGUUUGUCCUUUUUCCAUAUUUCUCGUAUAUGCUAGCAGAAGGGCUUGGUCUCUCCGGUAUAGUAUCCAUAUUGUUCACUGGAAUAGUCAUGAAGCACUAUUCAUAUUCAAAUUUGUCUGACAAUUCUCAAAAAUUUGUAUCUGCAUUUUUCCAUCUAAUAUCGUCAUUGGCUGAGACAUUUGUAUUUAUAUACAUGGGAUUUGAUAUUGCCAUGGAACAGCAUAGCUGGUCCCAUGUCGGAUUUAUCUUUUUCUCAAUUUUGUUCAUUGGAAUUGCUAGAGCUGCAAAUGUGUUUUCUUGUGGCUACUUGGUGAAUAUGUUUAGGCCUGUGCAUCGUCAAAUACCACCGAAACAUCAGAAAGCACUUUGGUACAGUGGACUUCGAGGGGCUAUGGCAUUUGCUCUUGCGCUGCAAUCAGUCCAUGAUCUUCCAGAAGGGCAUGGUCAAACUAUUUUCACUGCCACCACAGCAAUAGUUGUUUUGACGGUCUUGCUGAUAGGAGGAUCAACAGGUACCAUGCUAGAAGCUUUACAAGUUGUCGGUGAUGGUCAUGACAACUCAUUGAGUGAAAGGUUUGAGGGGAACAAUGGCUAUGUAGUUCCUUCAUAUGAAGGAGAAGAAUCAUCAUCUGGGAACAGAUUCAAGAUGAGACUUAAAGAAUUUCACAAAAGCACCACGUCAUUUACAGCACUAGAUAGGAACUACCUCACUCCGUUCUUUACAACUCAAAGUGGAGAGGACGAUGAGAAUGAUGAGCUUUUUCACGACCCCAGAAGAGGGAAUUUUUGAAGCCAUGACUGAACUCCCAACUAAUCAUUGAUUGAAUUGUCUUAUGUACCACCAAUUUGCCAUAAUAUGUGAACAUCUUCGUCUUUAGGAGCAUACCUCUAUACGAUCGCUGGCUCUAUGAUUUAGUAUGGAAACAGGAAGUCAAAAUAGGUUGAUCUAUUUCAAUCAGAACAACCUAGUUUCUGCACAUGGUGUGUGAAGUGCUCUGUACUGGCAAAUGAGAUUUAUCGAGUGGCUGUACAUGUUCAAUAUGUUACGUCAUUCCUGAUUUUGCUUCACUUUGAGCCAAAUUAACUAUUCUCAUUCGUUU